AUGAAACACUAUGUUCUUGUUCACGGUGGUUGUCACGGUGCAUGGUGCUGGUACAAGGUGAAACCGGUGCUAGAACUUUCCGGCCACCGUGUCACGGUCGUUGAUCUAACGGCUUCUGGUGUGAACAUGAGCAAAGUAGAAGAGAUUAAGACUUUGGAGGAUUAUGCUAAGCCAUUGCUUGAUCUUCUUGAGUCGUGUGGCUCGGACAAUAAAGUAAUCCUCGUAGGGCAUAGCCUAGGAGGAGCAUCGGUUGCUCUUGCGGCCGAUAUGUUUCCUAGUAAAAUCUCUGUUGCUGUCUUCGUAACCUCUUUUAUGCCCGACACGACGAAUCCACCUUCGUACGUUUUCGAAAAGUUUAUAGGAAGCCUUUCAGAAGAAGAACGAAUGGAUCUGGAGAUUGGGACUUAUGGGACUAAUGAUCAUCCUCUAAUGACUAUUACUUUCGGACCUAAGUACUUUAAAAAUAUGUAUCAUCUCUCUCCUAUCGAAGAUUUUGAAUUAGCCAAAAUGUUGGUGAGAGUUGGACCCGCGGUUACCAGUAAUUUGACGGGGACAAAAAGCUUAACCGAAGAAGGAUAUGGAUCGGUUACUCGUGUGUAUAUCGUAUGCCGCGAGGACAAGGGUUUAACUGAAGAUUUUCAGCGAUGGAUUAUCGAUAAUUUUCCGGUUAAAGAAGUGAUGGAGAUUGAAGAUGCAGAUCAUAUGCCAAUGUUUUCCAAGCCACUUGAACUAUGUGAUCGUCUCCUGAAGAUUGCUGAUAAAUAUGCCUAA